GCUAGAGUGGUAGGCUGUCCUAGUCAACUGUUGUUCAGUGAUGACAUCAGGACCAUGUGACCAGGUCUCUCCAGUGACAGCAGAAGGAAGGCAGGCAGGAAGGAGACAAAGUUUAAAGCUGGUGUCUGUCUGUCUGUCGGGUAGUGUGAGGCUCCGCUCUCCUCGCCUCCCAGCAACCACAGACACGCCAGCCACGCCACGCUGCCACGCUUGGCCCUCUGGGUAACAUAUCUCUGGGAGUUUAAAUGGUUAAUGUGAUCGGGUCUGCACCAGUCACAGGGGCUAACGCAGCACCGCACUACCUUAGCCAGUAAGGACGUUCCAACCCGACCACACUCACCCAGCUAGCGACUUCCACACCACCACCCCCAGCCCUCCGCAAAGACAAUCCAUUUUUUUCAUCUGAACCAGACCUGGUCGUUACUUGCGGUCGUCUGAAUACUUGACACCAGAAAGACUUUCUUGUGGAUGUUUUUUUUCUUUCUUCUCUCCUUCUCCAUGACUUGGUGCAUGCUCUUGGUUUAGGAGCUAGAGGUCAGGGGUCAGGCUUACCACAGUGGAACCACCAGUAGGCUUUGGUGUCACGGCAACGAGGAGCAGCAAUGGCUUCCAACAGCCUCUUCAGUACUGUUACACCAUGUCAGCAGACCUUCUUCUGGGAUCCCAGCGCCACGCGGAGGUUUAGCCCGCCGUCCGGUAGCCUCCAGCCGGUCCCGGCCAAGAUGAACGAGCUCAACACUCCGACCGGGACCGGGCAGCAAGACAGCACGGUGCCAAGGCUGCGCCUGCAGGAGAACCGGAGCAUGGCGGAGAUCAUAGCGGACCACCCGGCGGAACUGGUCCGGACUGACAGCCCAAACUUCCUCUGCUCGGUUUUACCGUCUCACUGGCGCUGCAACAAGACGCUGCCUGUCGCCUUCAAGGUUGUGGGGUUGGGAGAGGUGACUGAUUGGGACCCAGUUUUUCUCAAUUCUGGACAUUUAAUCCGUGUGUCUGAUGUUCCCACAGGAAAGAGCUUCACGCUGACCAUCACAGUGUUCACCAACCCUCCUCAAGUAGCAACAUACCAUCGAGCCAUUAAAGUCACCGUGGACGGACCCCGCGAGCCUCGGAGACAUCGUCAGAAGCUAGAGGAGUCUCCUAAAACAGGGCUGUUCUCAGACCGUCUCAGUGAGCUGGAGAGGAUCAGACAGACAACCAUGAGGGUUGCCGUGCCGACACAGUCCCAACAACAGCCGCUCAACGCUGGACACAACCCCUUCAACCCCCAAGGGCAGACACAGAUACCAGACCCUCGCCAGUCCCAGUCGUCUCCUCCCUGGUCCUAUGAGCAGUCCUACCCGUCCUACCUGAGUCCCAUGACCUCCCCGUCUGUCCACUCCACCACGCCCCUCUCCUCCAGCCGAGCCACGGGCUUGCCCAACAUCACUGACCCGCCCCGCCGCCUGCCAGGUAACACAGACCUCAGUCCGUUCCCAGGCCAGUUUGAUCGUCAGUUCCCGGGUCUCCCCUCUCUGACGGAGUCUCGUUCCAGUCCCAGAAUGCACUACCCCACCACCUUCACCUACACCCCCCCUGUCACCUCCGCCAUGUCGCUAGGCUCCGCCCACUACCACACCUACCUGCCCCCUCCCUACCCGGGUUCCACCCAAAGUCAGAGUGGACCCUUCCAAACCAGCAGUACGCUCCCUAUCUUUACUAUGGAGCCAUCCUCUGGGUCGUACCAAUUCUCCAUGGUUCCCGGGGGGGACCGCUCACCCUCCAGGAUGGUUCCUCCCUGCACCAGCGCCUCCACCGGCAGCUCCCUGGCUAACCCUAACCUGCCCAGCCAAGGUGGGGCAGAUGGGGGGGUGGAGGGGGAUGGGAGUCACAGCAACUCCCCCACUGUACUCAACCCUGCUGGGGGGCGCAUGGACGAAGCUGUCUGGAGACCCUACUGAGGAGGAGAGGAGGAGGAGUUGGAAUAGAUGAAGGAGGCGGAACACGAGGAGGAAGAAGAAGAGGAGGAAGAUGAGAAGAAGAGGAGGAAGAGGAGGAUGAAGAGAAGGAGGAAAGGAGAGGAGGCCCGAAGAAAGUAGGUGUGACAAUGUAACUGAUGUCAUGGUUUUUAAAGCACAAAUCCUUUUGAAAAGGGAGUUGUUGAGUUGCGAUGAAUAAACACCAGUGUCUCCUGCAUCUGGAAAUAUACUCUGAGAUAAAAUGACAAAAGAAACAAAGGGAAUGACUAGUAUGAACCUGUCUGGAGGAAUGUGCUGUGGCCAGACAGACAGACACUACAAAGGGAUCUUGUCUCUUCUCAGCAUCAAUGAGACACAAACAUGAACAAUUAUGGUAGACUGCCGACCCCAGUGGAGAAGACAUUAUAAUACUAAAGUAUUACCACAUAGUAAUCAUAGUACUACAAUACUAUAUAGUACUAUACCAUAGUACUAUAAUACUACUAUAUAGUACUAUACCAUAGUACUAUUCCAUAGUUCUACAAUACUACUAUAUAGUACUAUA